GUUGCAUAUCGCCUCUCUGGAGCUGAACGGGACAGUGCCAUGAGGACUCUCCCCAAAAGCAAAACUUGCGAGGUGUACUGCGUCUCCGGGCACGGACACUCAGGCUGCUCCGCCGCACAGGGAGAGGUGGAGCUGAAGGAGCCCACCCAGUCGCUGAGCCCCCCCACGAAGCCUGAAGAUCAGGCAGAGCAGAAGGUGGACGGGGGCCGAGCUCCAGUCUGUAGCUCCUGGAGGAGAUGGAUGUUAGGUCUCCUGCCUUUCUUUCCCUUCACUGCCGCCAUUGCACUGACCCUCCACUUCUUGACAUCUCCGCCCUCCUCAGUGUUCUUCCUGGGUGGCAGCGUGGAGUUCCCAAACUUGAGCUUCUCCACAGAACUGACCGACUCCACCUCCCCUCAGUUUCGCCUGCAGGCUCAGGCUUUGAAGCAUUAUUUCUCAGAGCUCUACGAGUCCUCGCCGUGGAGCUCUUACCACCUGUACUCAGGAAUUACUGCCUUCAGUGAAGGAGCAGAUGGGCUCAACGUCUUCUACUGGAGUAAAUUCUCCGCCCCGGACAACGUCGCAAUGGCGAUCCGGAGGUCCAGCCCAGGGAGGCUACAGCGCAGGCUGCCUGGGAGCAACAAGGUGCUGCGGGACAGCCGCAAUGAGCAGAGCUAUUACAUGGAACAAGACGACAACAUGCUCCACCUGCUGGGUUUGGACCCUGAUGACUUUGAAUCAGAAGAAAAAUCAGACAAGAGUAAGAAUCCAAACAGCAUCCAGAGUGGGAAGUGGCAGCUUGGCUUCCAAGCGAUGUCCUUUGACCUCUACGCCAAAUAUGGCAACAACCGCACCCUUAGCCUCGUGAGUCCCAAGAAGCCGUACUACCAGUGGCGUCUCCGUGUGCCGUCGGGCCAUGUGGUUCGACUGGUCAUCCUCACCCUGCACGGUGCCACGCCCGGAAGCUGCACCGCACACAAGCUCUCAGCCUACGACUUCUUACUUCCAUUACAGAACAAGAUAAUAGCCAGGUGGUGUGGGCUGCCUGUUACGGGAUCGUCGCCUGUCAUGAAGCUGACGUCCUCUGGGAACGUGAUGUUGGUCACCUUCUCCUUCAGCAGGCAGAGGGAUGGAGCAAUCUUCAAAGCUUACUUCCAAGCCAUCCCAAAAGCAGGUUGUGGAGGGUCAAUUUCCUCCUGGAACGGCUCUAUUUCCUCACCCUACUACCCUUCCUAUUACCCUCCUAAUAUAGACUGCACAUGGACACUACGGGCGCCGUUGCCUGGAUACCUGAUCUCCAUGACGAUCGUGACGAUGGACAUCCAGGAUUCCUCGUCGUCAGACGGCUGCGAGAAAGACUGGCUGGACAUCGGAGGGGUCAAACUGUGUAAUCCAGUGUCAGACAGCAGCAAAAAGCGAGUCUACUCCUCUCCUCUCUCCCUCCACUUCCAUUCGGAUGAGUCUCUCACUCACAAGGGCUUCUACUUGCUCUACCGAGCCUUCUCUCCAGAGGGCACCUGUCCCCGCCAGUUUCGCUGUGGAGAUGGACGCUGUAUCCCUCUGAGGAAGGUGUGUGAUGGAGUGAAAGACUGCUCAGAUGGACGGGACGAGGCUAGAUGCUCGACCUGCAGGCCAGGUGAAGUGCUGUGUGGGAACGGCCAGUGUCGGCCUCAAAGCAGCCAGUGUGUGAGCCAGAGCAGCUGUGCAGACAGCAGUGAAGAGGGCACCUGUGGAGGUAAAUGUCACCACGUGUGUCCCAACAAGGUCUGCUUGCCAAAGUCUUCAGUGUGUGAUGGUGUUAUUGACUGCAAAGACCGCAGUGAUGAACUCAACUGUACCAGAGCGUACCUUAAAGGCUGCUCCUCGUCCUCUUACAAAUGUGCCAAUGGAAAGUGUGUAAGCAAGGUUAACCCUGAGUGUGACGGACUCAAAGACUGCUUUGACGGCUCUGAUGAACUGCGCUGUGGCUGUGGCACCAGGCCCAGGAAGCGCACAAAGAUCGUGGGUGGCUCAGAUGCUGCAGCGGGGUCGUGGCCAUGGCAGGUCAGCCUCCAGAUGGAUCGUUAUGGCCACGUCUGUGGAGCCACACUGGUCUCCAGCCGCUGGCUCAUUUCUGCAGCUCACUGCUUCCAGGACUCAGACGCCAUUAAAUACUCGGAUGCUCGCGCGUGGCGGGCCUACAUGGGAAUGCGUGUGAUGACUACAGGGAACAACGGAGCAGCCACGAGGCCGAUCCGCCGGAUCCUCCUCCACCCGCAGUACGACCAGUUCACCUCUGACUACGACAUCGCCCUCCUCGAGCUCGGUGCUCCAGUCUUCUUCAACGACUUGGUGCAGCCUGUGUGCAUCCCUGCGCCCUCACACACCUUCACAACAGGGACCAGUUGCUACGUCACCGGCUGGGGGGUCCUCAUGGAGGACGGUGAACUGGCCUCUCGCUUACAAGAGGCCUCAGUGAAGAUCAUCAAUAGGAACACUUGCAACAAGCUGUAUGACGAUGCUGUCACUCCCAGGAUGAUGUGCGCUGGGAACUUGCAGGGAGGGGUGGAUGCCUGUCAGGGUGACUCAGGAGGUCCGUUGGUGUGUCUGGAGCGAGGUAGACGGUGGUUCCUGGCGGGCAUUGUGAGCUGGGGUGAGGGCUGCGCGAGGCUGAACCGUCCAGGUGUCUACACACAGGUGGUCAAGUUCACUGAGUGGAUCCACCAGCAGACUAAAGGACAGGUGUGA